AUGGCGGCAGUCUUGUUCACGCGCGUUACCGUGCUCUGGGUCAUCAUCGCACAGUUCUUCCUCGUCAACGCUGCGCCGGUCGCAUCUGACGCGGUUGUCGCCCGUACUCCAGAUGAUCCUUGUUCGGGCGGCCUUACUGAAGAAUGCCUAUCAGAAUUUGGGUGGGGCAUUCUAGGCGAUGGCGAUGGAGAGAUGGUAAAAAUGCCCGUUGAGUAG